CAGUCAACUUCCAGUGAUCAGAGGUUCAGAGGAGCAGCAAUUCUCUUAACACUUGUAGUCCCUCAUACCUAACGGUUAACCUUAGCGCUUUAAAAAAAAAACAUUAAUUCUCUCAAAACCAUGGCCCGUUACGAAGAAGUGAACGUACGUGGUUAUGAAGAAUUCUGUAAAGCUGUGUCUGAGAGAAAAGGAAAGGAUGUUUUUGCUUAUUUUUCAGGGGAUAAAGACGCCCAAGGAAAGAGCUGGUGUCCAGAUUGUGUUAAAGCUGAGCCAGUAGUCAGAGGAGAGAUGACUCACCUUCCUGAGGGUUCUGUCUUCAUCUACUGUCAAGUUGGAGAAAGAGCCUAUUGGAAGGAUCCUAAUAAUGACUUCAAGAAGACACUGAGGUUGAGCGGAGUUCCCACGCUGCUGCGAUAUGGAACACCGCAGAAGCUGGUGGAGGAGGAAUGCCUCAAAGCAGAGCUGGUGAGGAUGAUGUUCACUGAAGACUGAGGGACCCUGAGCAGUUCACAUCACUCAUAAAGAAUUCAACAUUUCACUGCAAAUCCAAUUAAACACCAUUCAGUUUCAGCACUACUGCAUCACUGAAUAUAAAUAACCAUGCACACCCAACAUCUCCUUCUGUAAUCCGAUGCAAAUCAGCAACAGUAUAAGUUUACAACCCAAAUAAUACAUCUCAUUUAUAAUACACAACCAUCAUGGUGAUUUAGUACUGAAAUGUCUUCAAGGACAUAGGAAGGAUUUAGCUCAUACACAUUUAUAUGUGCAAUCAAUCAAUGCUGAAUUGUAAUUCUAAGGUUGAUACGUGUCUUCUCAUGUAAUGUCAAACACACUAGUUAGUGAUAAUAAAAAAAGAAAAUCUUGAAUUUUUUUUAUUAUUAUUUAGUAUUUUACUGUGACUGUUUAUGCAUUUGAUUUUUGCUGCCUUGCUGUAGGCCUUGAAUAAAGUGAGACUUGAUGUUGAA